AUGCCUACUUUACGGUCAUCUUCCCGGCUUAAUAGCAGCUCCUCUCCAAGCAGUGUGUCCUCCCCACUGCAAAAUGCUGUACGAGGCUCACAGAGGGCCUUGUCUGCAUCUUCUAGCUCCUCCAUCAAUGUGCCCUGUGAUGACAGAGACUCAGACCAGGCUUCAGAGUGGGAUAGUCACUCUCUGUCAGCUGAUGAAGGCAGUGACUUUGAAGAUAGCUUGAGAAGAAAUGUGAAGAAGAGAGCAGCAAAACGACCACUCAGAACAACCCCGGUGGCAAAAUACCCAAAGAAGGGGUCCCAAAGUGUACGUGGUAAUGGCCAGAAAGAAGCAGCACCACCAACCAAUGAUCUCUUUGAUGCUGUGAAAGCUGCCAAGAGUGACAUGCAGUCUUUAGUGGAUGAGUGGCUGGAUAACUACAAGCAAGAUGAGAGUGCAGGAUUCCUGGAGCUCAUUAAUUUUUUUGUCCGAUCCUGUGGAUGUAAAGGCACUGUGACCCCUGAGAUGUUCAAGAAGAUGUCCAACUCAGAGAUCAUCCAGCACCUGACAGAACAGUUCAAUGAGGACUCAGGGGACUAUCCUCUGACAGCUCCAGGUUCAUCCUGGAAGAAGUUCCAGGGAAGCUUCUGUGAGUUUGUGAGGACUUUGGUCUAUCAGUGUCAAUACAGCCUCCUCUAUGAUGGCUUUCCUAUGGACGACCUCAUCUCCCUGCUUACUGGCCUCUCAGACUCCCAGGUUCGUGCUUUCCGUCACACUAGCACUCUGGCUGCCAUGAAGCUUAUGACCUCCCUGGUAAAAGUUGCCCUUCAACUUAGUCUGCACAAAGACAAUAAUCAGCGCCAGUAUGAGGCAGAACGAAACAAGGGGCCAGAGCAGAGAGCACCUCAGCGACUGGAGAGCCUGCUGGAGAAACGCAAAGAGCUACAAGAGCAUCAAGAAGAAAUAGAGGGGAUGAUGAAUGCCAUCUUUAGGGGUGUCUUUGUUCAUCGAUACAGGGACAUCCUUCCUGAGAUCCGUGCUAUCUGCAUUGAGGAGAUUGGGUGUUGGAUGCAAAGCUACAGCACCUCUUUCCUCACUGACAGCUAUUUAAAGUACAUUGGCUGGACCCUACACGAUAAGCACCGGGAAGUCCGUCUGAAGUGCCUGAAGGCUCUGGAAGGGCUGUACAGCAACCGGGAGCUGACUGCACGCCUGGAGCUCUUCACCAGCCGCUUUAAGGACCGGAUGGUUUCCAUGGUCAUGGACAGAGAGUAUGAUGUGGCAGUAGAGGCUGUCAGGCUGCUGACUGUUAUCCUGAAGAACAUGGAUGGAGUGUUGACUGAUGCAGACUGUGAGAGUGUCUACCCUGUCGUGUAUGCCUCUAAUCGUGCCCUGGCCUCUGCUGCGGGAGAGUUUCUGUACUGGAAGCUUUUCUACCCCGAGUAUGAGGCAAGAGCAGUGGGUGGAAGAGAGCGACGCCGGAGUCCACACAUACAAAGAACUUUCUUCCACCUUCUGCUGGCCUUCUUUGUGGAGAGUGAGCUCCAUGAUCACGCUGCUUACUUAGUGGAUAGCCUGUGGGACUGUGCAGCAUCUCAGCUGAAGGACUGGGAGAGUCUGACAAGCCUACUACUGGAGAAGGAUCAGAACCUGGGCGAUGUGCAGGAGAGCACACUGAUAGAAAUCCUUGUGUCCAGUGCCCGGCAAGCUGCAGAGGGUCACCCACCCGUGGGUCGGAUCACUGGGAAGAAGGGUUUAACUGCUAAGGAACGCAAGCUCCAAGCUGAUGACAAGAUGAAGCUGGCAGAACACCUCAUCCCUUUGCUGCCUCAGCUCCUGGCCAAGUUCUCGGCGGAUGCAGAGAAGGUUACUCCCCUGCUGCAGCUACUCAACUACUUUGACCUCAGUGUCUACUGCACUCGACGCUUGGAGAAGCAUCUAGAGCUGCUCCUGCAACAACUUCAGGAAGUGGUGGUGAAGCACGUGGAGCCAGCAGUGCUUGAGGCUGGAGCACAUGCCCUCUAUCUGCUCUGUAAGCCUGAGUUCACGUUCUUCAGCCGGGUGGACUUUGCCCGCAGCCAACUAGUGGAUCUGCUGGCUGACCGCUUCCAGCAGGAGUUAGAUGAGCUACUGCAGUCAUCCUUCCUAGAUGAGGAUGAGGUGUACAGUCUGGCAGCCACGCUGAAGCGCCUCUCUGCUUUUUACAAUGCUCAUGACCUGACUCGCUGGGAACUUUACGAGCCAUGCUACAGACUCCUCCGGAAGGCUGUAGACACAGGAGAAGUUCCUCGCCAGGUUAUCCUUCCAGCCUUGACACUUGUCUAUUUUUCCAUUCUCUGGACACUAACUCACAUUUCUGAAUCAGCUGUUUCCCAGAAGCAGUUGUCGAGUCUGAAGGGCAGAAUGGUGGCCUUCUGUGAACUCUGUCAGAGCUGCCUCUCUGAUGUGGAUCAGGAGAUCCAGGAGCAGGCUUUCAUCUUACUAAGUGACCUGCUUCUCAUCUUUAGUCCUCAGAUGAUUGUAGGGGGACGGGAUUUCCUUAAGCCCCUCGUCUUUUUUCCUGAAGCUACUCUCCAAUCUGAGCUAGCCAGCUUCCUCAUGGACCAUGUCUUCCUCCAGCCUGGAGACCCAGAGAGUGGUACUCUAUUCCUGGGGUGCAGGAAGGAUCAUGCACAGAUAGAGCAGCUGCACCAGCGUCGCCGCCUCCUGGCUGGGUUCUGCAAACUGCUGCUCUAUGGGGUGCUAGAGCUGGAUGCAGCCUCAGAUGUUUUCAAGCACUACAACAAGUUCUACAACGACUAUGGGGACAUUAUCAAGGAAACAUUAACAAGAGCAAGGCAGAUUGACCGAAGUCAUUGUUCCCGAAUCCUGCUGCUGAGCCUCAAGCAGCUGUACACAGAGCUAAUGCAGGAGCAGGGUCCUCAGGGCCUGAGUGAGCUGCCAGCCUUCAUCGAGAUGAGAGACCUGGCCCGUAGGUUUGCCCUGAGCUUUGGACCCCAGCAGCUACAGAACCGAGACCUUGUAGUCAUGCUGCACAAGGAAGGCAUCAAGUUCUCCUUGUCUGAGCUUCCUCCAGCUGGCUCCUCUGAGGAACCCCCCAAUCUGGCAUUCCUUGAGCUCCUUUCAGAGUUCUCUCCCCGCCUCUUCCAUCAAGAUAAGCAGCUGCUACUGUCCUACCUGGAAAAGUGUCUGCAACGGGUCUCUCAGGCACCUAGCCCUCCCUGGGGUCCAGUGACCACCUACUGCCACUCCCUUCGCCCUAUGGAGAACACAGUAGAGGCCAACCCUCAGGGCCACCCCCGCUCCAAGAAGAGACGCAUUGAAGACUCUUACAGGCACCAGGGAGAGGAUGUCUCCUCAUCUCAGGAAGAGAGCCUACAGCUGAACAGUGUCCCACCCACACCCACACUCACCUCCACAGUGCUGAAGAACAGGCAACCACUGGGGGCAGUGGGUGACAAGGAAGAAGAAGAAGAUAGCUCAGAAUCAGAGCUCAUGCACAGCCAGCCCCUCUCAGGCACCCAGCGCUCAAAGUUCUUGGAUGCACAACAUUUUGGGACUCUGCAAGACCCGUCAGGCCCUAGUCUGGGCAACCGGCUGACCCGACUCAGCCUUAUGGAAGAGGAUGAGGAGGAAGAGUUAGGAAUUCUGGAUGAAUCAAGUGAAGAAUGGCAAGGAGCAGACAAGCAAAUUGGUAGCCCCACUUCCCCCAGUGAACAUGGGCCGGACCUCUUAGAUACUACAGAGCUGAACAUCGAG